AAGAGCUUCAGGUACCUGAGUAAACUCAAAAUACACCAACGCAUUCACACUGGAGAAAGACCAUAUCAGUGCUCACAGUGUGGGAAGAGCCUUAGUUCCCAGAGUAAACUCAAAAUACACCAGCGCAUUCACACUGGAGAGAGACCGUAUCAGUGCUCACAGUGUGGAAAGAGUUUUAAUCAACAGUGUGCUCUCAAAAGACACCAGCGCAUUCACACUGGAAAUAAUUUGUAUCAGUGCUUACAGUGUGAGAAGAGUUUUAGUCUUCAGAGUGAUCUCAAGGAACACCAGCGCGUUCACACUGGAGUGAAACUACAUCAGUGCUCACAAUGUGGAAAGAGCCUUAGUUCCCAGAGUAAACUCAAAAAACACCAGCGCAUUCACACUGGAGAGAGACCGUAUCAGUGCUCACAGUGUGGAAAGAGUUUUAAUACACAGGGUUAUCUGAAAAAACACCAGCUCAUUCACACUGGAGAGAAACCGUAUCAGUGCUCACAGUGUGGGAAGAGUUUUAAUUGUCAGAGUAAUCUGAGAAAACACCAGCGCUUUCACACUGGAGAGAGAACGUAUCACUGCUCACAGUGUGAAAAGAGUUUUAUUUGUCAGAGUUAUCUCAAAGAACACCAGCACAUUCACACUGGACAGAAACCAUAUUUUUGCUCACAGUGUGGGAAGAGUUUUAUUACACAGAGUAAACUUGAAAAACACCAACGCAUUCACACUGGAGAGAAACCGUAUCAGUGCUCUCUGUGUGGAAAAAGUUUUAAUAAUUUGAGUGCUCUCAAAACACACCAGCGCAUUCACACUGGAGUGAAACCGUAUCAGUGCUCACAGUGUGGAAAGAGUUUUAAUCAAAAGGGUUCUCUCAAAACACACCAGCGCAUUCACACUGGAGUGAAACCGUAUCAGUGCUCACAGUGUGAUAAAAGUUUUAGUCAACAGAGUAAUCUUAAAACACACCAGCGCAUUCACGCUUAAGUUAAACCGUAUCAGUGUUCACACUGCUAAACCUAGUUGUCUCACAAAAUAAACUUAUCUGAUUGUCAAGUCAAGUCAACUUUAUUUAUA